AGGGAGCGCCCCGUGGCUUUGGAGGCUGAGCUGGCCCUGACGCUGAAGGUUCUGGAGGCUGCCGCUGACACUGACUCGGCCCUGGUGGAUGUCUUGGACCAGCCCCUUCACACCCUGCACCACAUCCUCUCCCAGCUCCGGGCCUGUAUCCAGCCGCAGCCGACAGCAGGGCCCAGGCCCCGGGGCCGCCUCCACCACUGGCUGCACCGGCUCCAGGAGGCCCCAAAAAAGGAGUCCCCUGGCUGCCUCGAGGCCUCUGUCACCUUCAACCUCUUCCGCCUCCUCACGCGGGACCUGAAAUGUGUUGCCAGCGGGGACCUGUGUGUUUGACUCUCCCACUAGUCAUGCAAUCUGAGAUUUUAUUUAUAAAUUAACCG